CCAACUACUAAGGGCUGUGAGAUUUUUCUCUUCUGAUGAAGUCAAGUCUUUUACUCCAAUGCGGAGACAAGCAUGGAGGAGUGAGAGCUCUUUGUCUUCAUCUUCUGAAGACAACCAGCCUUCUACCACGAGGAGGGAACAAGAAAAAAGAGCUGAGAGCCCUUCUUCUUCUGGUGAAGUUGAGCCUUUUGCUCCAAAGCGGCUUCAGGCAUGGAGGAGUGAGAGCUCUUUGUCUUCCUCUGCUGAAGAAGACAAGCCUUCUACCACAAGGAGGCAGCAACAACAAAGUCCUGUGUCCUUCAUAGAGCUCAACCUUUCUACCACCUUGAGUCAGGAUGGACGUGGUCGCAGCCUUUCCUAUGAAGACGACGAGCCGGCUAAUAGCUUUUUAUACAUCCAUCUGAGUGCAAGAGAGAACUUCAGGGAUGCAAGACAAAAUGAGGAAACAGAAAGAGUAAAAAGAGAAAGAGAGAGGUGUGAAAAGAUGAAGAAAAAGAACGAGGAGGAGGAGAGGAAAACUUUGGGUCUGAUUUCAAGGAUUUACAUUUGGUGGCUCAACCGCAAGAUAACCCGCAUUGCUAGAGAAAUCCAGUCAACCGUCGUGGAUGAGCGCAACCUCCUGCGUCACGGUCCCCUUAGUAAUUCAAAGAAAAUGGCAGAAAAAGAACAACUGCUUGACCGAAGGACGAAGCUGGUUGUGUACAAACGCAGACAAGAAUUUAAGGUGGAGAGGGAAGUGAGGAAGCAAAGACUGAAGGUAAAGAGGACGGAAGAAAAGGUUUUGAAGAUGGAGAAUAUCUCAGAGUUAUGCGACAAACCAAAAAGGCCAACGCCAGACAGGCGUAGACUUAAAUUAUAUAGCAUUUAAG